UCAGCUCGGAUAAUUGGGUUUUUUCGAAAAAAUGCCUGCUGUAGACAUUCAGUAGACAACUUGCCGAUUCAACGAAUUCAUCAAAGGCCCUUUGCAGGUUCCGUCCACCAGCAGAGCCUGGAAACUCGGCCUGCAGUGUUCCAAACUAGGGAAAGUGAACAGCUGGACGAUGACUCUUAUCUGGGAUAUUCUACUAUUACUGGGGACUUUCUGGGAACGGGCGAACAGGGCAUUGCGGUUGGAAUGCCCAGAGGCGCGGAGCUUCAUGGAAAGGUUCUUCUAUACACUUGGAACCUGACCAAUUACAAGAACAUUUCCAGUAGCCAGUUGGGGUCCUACUUCGGAUAUUCUUUAGCGGCUGGGGAUUUGGAUGGGGAUGGAAAGUUGGACCUGAUUAUUGGGGCUCCGAUGCAUACCGAGCCCAACACUGAAGACAAGUAUGAUGUGGGCCGAGUGUACGUUUUCUACCAAGGGGGCGGAUUUGGAAGCUUCAACAAGUCCUCCUUUAUAGAAGGGAUGAAUUCAAGGUCGCGCUUUGGACACAGCGUGGCUUAUCUGGGGGACAUGAAUCAAGAUGGUUUCCAUGACUUUGCUGUUGGGGCGCCCUACGACGGAGAAUUCAACCGAGGGGCUGUCUAUAUCUACUACGGCUCCUCGAAGGGUGUUUUGGAAAAAUUCGGUCAAGUGAUCUACGCGGAAGAUCUCAACACUAGAAGCGGAAUUCCGGUGAAUACUUUCGGAUUUUCCGUCACUGGAGGUUUGGAUAUGGAUGGGAACGACUACCCCGAUAUGGCUGUUGGAGCCUACUUGUCCAAUUCGGCCUUUUUCUUCAGAUCAAGACCAGUGGUUCGGCUGGAGGCAUUUGUGCGCUUCCGCACCGAAAACAAGCAGAUCGACAUCAAGAACAAAAACUGCAACCUGCCCACUGGCGAAAGAGCUACUUGCACUACCAUUGACUUCUGCAUCAAAUAUGGAGGCAAAGGAAUACCACAACAGAUCCAGUUGCAUGUUCAGUACAUUCUUGAUAGCAAAAAGUCGAAUAUACCGAGGAUGAUGUUUUUGCGAAGAGGUUCGCACACGCUGAAUGAUACCAUCACAUUGUACAAAGAUAGUCAAGACACGUGCCAAACUGAGGAAAUUUACAUUAAGAACGACAUUCGCGAUAAAUUAACACCCCUCGAAGCGGAAGUCAAGUAUUUCAUGAUCCAAGAAGAGGACGCGUUUGACUAUAGACGCAUGCGAAAUCCGCAAUCUCAGUUAAAACCCGUCUUGGACUUGAACUUGCCGCCCUCCAGAAAGGAUUCGAUCAUCAUCCAGAAGAAUUGCGGCCAUGACAAUAUUUGCAUUCCCAACCUGCACAUCAACAUCACCAAGAACGUGGAAAAGUACCUGUUAGACUCCAAAACUAACUUGGAGUUCGAUAUUAUUGUUUCCAAUUUGGGAGAGGAUUCUUUUGAAACCACUCUCGAGCUAAGCUAUCCGGAAGGAGUGCACUACAAGAAAACUGAAGUGAAAGACGAUGUGCUUGGAAUAUUGUGCAGCCCUGGAUUAAAGCGAACGCUCACUUGUGAAAUCGGCAAUCCUUUACCAGCUCGAAAGAUUGCUUCUUUCAGGAUGAUUUUUGUGCCCUACCAUACGCAGGGUAUUCCUCCCACUUAUGAAUUUGAUGUGCAUGUGAACAGCACCAACCCAGAAUCCAAUGACACGUUACAGGACAAUUACAGUCGCAUUACCAUUGAUAUUUGGGUUGAUUCUGCAUUGGAUGUUAGUGGAGUGUCUAUUCCGCAAGAAAUCUACCUAUCAAAUACCACCCAAUAUUCGUCGGAAACCAUUGAAAGAGAGUCUGAAAUCGGGCCACAAGUUACCCACCUGUACACGUUGACGAAUAAAGGUCCUGCCACUAUCAACGAAGCCGAAAUGUACUUCCUAUGGCCGUGGCAAACUUUGGCAGGUGAUGAUCUGCUGUAUUUACUGGAACAGCCCCACGUCCCCGAAGGGGUCACAUGCGACAUUCCCGCUCCAGCUAAUUACAAAAAUUACCAGUUAGACUACAAUCCAAAAUCCGUCUGGGAGCGGCUGCAGAUUGACUCUUCCAGCCGUGACAUGGCGUCACAUUAUGAUGGAGUUAAAGUGGAAACUGGCCGCAAUAUUACAGCUGUGACUAGCGUUUCCGAGAGCACAAUUGAGACGAGCAGACUGAACGAGCAGAUUAAGAAUUCCGGUGGUGAUAGCUCAAAAACGUUCGAGGAGCGGCAGAAUCAACCGAAUGCAGAGGAGCAGCAGGGAGUAGAGAUCUGGGGUCAGGACGCAGGUCUGGACUCUGAUGGCACAAUAAACAGAGCAGGACAAACAGUAUACCGAAAAUCCGAAUGGCACACGCUAGUGGUGGACGGGAAGCCACAAACGGUCUGGACCAACGUUACCACUGUUAAGGACGCCAGUGGCAAGAUUAUCAAGACGUUUUACUCCACGGACAAUUCUGGGCGUGAGGACAGCUUUGGGCAAAACCGAGACGGAAGUGGCCUCAAAUCCAAGCACAAAAAACCAUCGAUAGUUUACAGCUCUUCUGGGGCAGGAAACUCGAGUAGUGGCAUGGAAAAUCUGUCGAUAACUGCAGGAUCUGUUAAAGCUGAGGGAACCCAAGAGGAAACUGUGCAACGAAAAACCAGCAGUCAGCAGUCUAGUGGAGGGUCCAGCGGAUCUACUAACGAGGACAGGUUAAUAGAAGAAGAAAGUUACACGGUGGGAGGUGGAGCACGCGAAGGAGGCGCCACAACGCCCUCGUACAUCGAAGGGCAUCGCAUUAGGCAGGGAGCGCAGGAAACUGCUUCCACUGUGUCUGCAUCUCUAGACCGAGAGCGAGCCAAUGAGGCUCGCUUGCAAUAUGAGCAAAAACGACAGUACGCGGAACGGAUCCGUUUGCAGGAGGAACGGCGCAGAAAACUCGAAGAGCAACAACAGGCAGGCAAGAACGUGGUGGUGAGUGCAGAUGAGGAGCGCGAACAAUACCAGCGGCGUCGGAAGCAGGAAGAAGAAGAAAGACGACGCCAACAGGAGCAACUGGAGCGCGCUAAUAAAGCAAGGGAACAGGAAGAAAGGGCGCGCCAGCUAGCUUACAACGAGCAAGUGAGGAGGCAGGAAGCGCAACGGAUGGAGGAAGAACGAAGAAGGCAGCAGCUGGAAGCCCAGCGCUCCCGGCAAUAUACACCAGUAGAGCAAGACAGUCGGAGGCUUCAGCAACAAAGGGAAGAAGCAUGGCGUAAGGAGCAUGAAGAAAGACGCCAACAACAAAUCAGGCAGAGGGAGGAGGAAGAGAGACGUAGACAACAAGAAGACCAAGAAACUCGACGCCUGGAAGCGGAACGCAGGCGACAGUGGCAGCAAGGCUCCAGUGAGGGUCGAUCGCAAUCUGGAUACUUCGAUGAGCGCAACGAGCAAUCGGGAGCUGCAAGAUCCGGAAGCCCUCCUCGCGUAUUGGUAAAUCACACUUGGACUGUUGAGGGCACGGCUUCUCUAGAUGACAUUGACCCAGCUGCAGGAGGCCAAAUAAAUUUCGGACAGAAUGCCGCUUCCGGUAAUAACUUCCGCACACAGACUAUUGAUUUGGGGAUGGUGGGACGUGGCGGAGCACCUGCAGAUGCUUCAAGACAGAAUGUGGAGUGGACGAGCAGCGGCCAGCGGACCCGAGGAGGGACAUUCUCCGGCAGUUUGGAAGGAGGCGUAUCAGACCACAACGAGUACGAGUCUGAAUGGGAGAGGCGCAACUGGGAGGGCGCCCAGCCAAGGGACAUGGACACCGGGACGCAUCGAGGAAAACGACAGGUUCCAGAUAUUGAUCCUGAUAUUGACGACAUUCUGCGGUGUAGCGCCACCAAGUGCUUCUACAUGAGGUGUGUGGUUGGCACACUGAAGAAGGACGAAUUUAUUUCGAUUGCUUUGAGAUCGCGACUGAACGUUCGGGCUGUAAGGCAGCUAAGUAGCACCCAAUCAGUCAAAUUGUCCUCGAUGAUGGUAGCCAGAAUAACCAAGCUCCCUUACAUCGGCAAACCGAAAGAACAGGUCCUUCACAGUCAUGAAAUAUUUACCGAUAUUCCUGCAGGGGAGCAGGAGCUUACACCAAAAGUGGUGCCUCUGUGGAUCAUCCUGCUCUCGGCCAUAGCGGGCACUUUGAUCCUGCUGCUAGUCAUUUUAUUAUUGUAUAAGUGUGGCUUCUUCAAGCGAAAACGACCAUCCUCAGCUCCCGAAAGACAGCCAUUGAGGACCAACGGGUACCAUCCCAGUGACUAAAAUUCCCAACAACUAUUAGUGGGUCAGUUUUGUGAAAAAAGAAACACUGCUAUUUCCACGAACGCGAUGCCGCAGUGAUUGUUAAAGAUCUAACAAGCCAACUAAUAACUUAAUACGUGUUUAGUCAAUUAAAUCUUACAUAGACUGACUGUUCCGGUGGAAAAAGCGUAGGAAAAUGGUGCCAGACGAUAGUCUAACUAGUAAUAAAAACGGCCUCGACUAAAAUGAGAAUACGCUUAUUUUAACUUAAAUUAAUGCUGCUUGAGCCUCUAGGACUAUUAUUUCGCAAAUGUUUGCGGUACUGAGUGCAAGGGAGCCGAGCUGAGUCUCAGUCAUUUUAGUCACCCCCCAAUUGGAGAUAAUUGAUUUAUAUGACCUCCCCCCCGGUUAAUUGUUGUAAAGUUGUGAGUCUAUUUAUUGAAUAUUAGGAAAUAAGGAUUAGUCCGUCAAUAUCAUCCCAUUAAAGUCCACUAAACUUAAUCAAGUAACUUAUUAACGCAAUUAGAUUUUUAAAUUGAAACGCCAAAUAGGGUCAGAAUUGAGGCAGAUACUGCAAAUAAAAUGAUUACUGGCUGCUGCUGGCUGGUUUAAGUCAAGCAAAAGUUGCAUAAUUACAAGUUGUAAACGAUAACAAACUUUCUUUUUUGCAGCCCAAUUUUAUGCAGUAGCUUUACAUUUCAACUCGAUAUUUUGUCUUUAAAACACCGUUAUCGAAUUUUUGAAUAAACUUUGUAGAGCUUCAAGUAUGUUCACAGCUAAAUCAUGUUUCAUUGGCUUAAAUAGCAAUAAAGCAUCUACUGUAAUCAAACUUUGUAAUAUAGACAGAAAUGCUCUCUUUGACUAGAUUUUGAUCUAAAAUUGUAUAAAUCAGUCGCAAUUAAAUUUCUGACCUAAACAACAUGCAAUCAAUAAGUGGCCUUAUGGAACGGAGCGCGCCUCCUGCCCAAACGAAGAAAUAAUGUAUAAUACUUGUUAAAAACGUUGAUUCUAGUAGUUUUAACAAUGUCUGUGAAUAAACUUAAAUUAUUGUUAUA